AUGAACCCGAAUGAGAACAACCAGCACGUGAGCAACCACCUGCGCAAGCUCUGGCGUUCUCUCAUAGCUGCCGACAGGGAGCCGUACCAGCGCAAGCCACCGGCCUUCUUCCACCUAAGAAAGUACCCGGACUACGUUCGCAAUCCGCCUGAGGCCUGCCGGCGCAAGGAGCGGGAGCACAAGGUCAAGCAGAUUGCCAGCAAGCUCGAGAAUGACUGUUCCGAAAACCAAGGCAGCAGCCAAGCACUUCCACGGCCGCGCCCCAAGGUCGAGGAAGCCUGUAGUUCCAGCAGCAACAGCAUCUGCUGUCAUCGCCGCCGCCGCAAAGAAACAACAGUCAUGAAACCGUUGGUGCCCGAGGCGCCGCGCCUCCAUAGACCGACGACCACCGUUGCGACCGCAGCGUCGGCUCGCGCGACUGCGCGGCCCUACAUCGUGCAGCGGUCCUCUGCCAACGAGAAGAGGCGAUGGGUGGCCGCCCAGAACCCGAACGAAAACAACGAGCGCGUGUGCAGCCACCUCGUCAAGCGCAAGGCAACCGAAGUUGCCGCCGGCCACCGAAAGAAGCACCCAGACUACAGGGUAUACAAUCUAAGUAAGGCCCACCGGCGCAAGGAGCAGGAGCGCCGGGCCAAUAAGAGUGCCAGCAAGCUCAAGCAUGGCAGUUCCGGGCAUCAGAAGCAGCAGCCGAGCCCUUCCGUGGCCACGGCCAAGGGUUCAGACACCGGGCCGAAGAGUUACAGCAGCAACAACAACCGCUGGCAACAUCGCCGCUGCCGGAAUGCCGCCCUAGCGAACAGCCGCUACUCCAGCCACAGCGUCGGCUCGCUCGGCUGCUUGGCCCUAUACAGAGUGCACCGGUCCUCGGCCAACAUCACUGCUGUAGUUGAACAGUGCAAGCGCCGGGCCCACCACUCUGUUCGCUACAGCUCACGCAUGUCAACAUGGUGUCAGGAACACGGCUUUCUCAUCAACGCCACAAAGUGCAUCUUCGGUGUUGACGACAUUGACUAG